UCUUCAUCUCUCUCCUCCCUUUUCCCUUCAACUCAAUUCCCUUCUUUAGGUUGUGUUAUAAAGUCUCCUUCUUUCUCCCGGCGAGAUCGCAAUUGUUCCUCUCUCAAUCUCAUUUCCUUCGGAAACUUUGUUUGUUUUUACUUCUCAUUGAUACCCCCUUUUUCCUCACCGCAACCCCAUCUUCUCUCAAUCUCCACAUCAUGGCUCCCACGGCUCUCGAACAGGAGAACCACUCGCGCGAUGCGGACUUCAACCGUGCCAUGCACGGAAAGUCCUUCCAAGCCGAGGGUGGUUUGGCUGCCCUGCGCGGCAAGGAUACCGCGGCGCAGGAGGCUGCCGUCGAUGAGUAUUUCAAGCAUUGGGAUAACAAGGACGCUGCGGAGGAGACCGAGGAGAUUCGCGCGGCCCGUCGCGCCGAAUAUGCCACCCUGACCAGACAUUACUACAACCUUGCGACUGAUUUCUACGAGUACGGUUGGGGCUCCUCGUUCCAUUUUUGCCGCUUCGCCAAGGGCGAGCCCUUCCUCCAGGCCAUUGCUCGCCAUGAGCACUACCUCGCCCACCAGAUCAACAUCAAGCCCGGCAUGAAGGUGCUGGAUGUCGGCUGCGGUGUCGGUGGCCCCGCGCGCGAGAUCGUCAAGUUCACCGACGCCAACGUCGUCGGUCUGAACAACAACGACUACCAGAUCCAGCGCGCCACCCGGUACGCCGAGCGUGAGGGCCUGAGCGACAAGCUGAGCUUCGUCAAGGGCGAUUUCAUGCAGAUGAGCUUCCCCGACAAUAGCUUCGAUGCCGUCUACGCCAUCGAGGCCACCUGCCACGCCCCCGAGCUCGAGGGCGUGUACAAGGAGAUCCAGCGCGUGCUGAAGCCCGGCGGCGUCUUCGGCGUCUACGAGUGGCUGAUGACCGACGAGUACAACAACGACAAUGCCGAGCACCGCAAGAUCCGUCUCGGUAUCGAGCAGGGUGACGGUAUCUCCAACAUGGUCCGCGUCUCCGAGGGCCUGGACGCCAUCCGCAACGCCGGCUUCGAGCUUAAGCACCACGAGGAUCUGGCCGACCGACCCGACGAUAUCCCCUGGUACUUCCCCCUCGCGGGCUCCUUCAAGCACAUGUCGUCCCCCUGGGACUUCCUGACCAUCGCCCGGAUGACCUGGUGGGGCCGCGGCAUCGCUCACCGCUUCGUCGGCGCCUUUGAAUCCAUCGGUCUCUUCCCGCGGGGCUCGCAGAAGACGGCGGACAGCCUGGCCCUGGCCGGUGACUGCCUGGUCGCCGGCGGCGAGAAGAAGCUCUUCACCCCCAUGUACCUGAUGGUGGGCCGCAAGCCGGAGUAAAUCCGUCAGUUUCCUUCACGGAGUUCUGAUUCUUACGCGAAACGCUGUACAAAAAGAAACCAAAAACAAAGAGACAAGACACGUGGGUCUGUUUGCAUCCUUGUCGAAGGCGGUCUAACUAUUUAAUCCUGAUGAUUCUCCGAGCCUUUCUUCUUAUUUCUUCUAUUCCACUUUUACCCAUUCUCACUUUCUCAUAUUGCUUUUCUUUUCUUUUGUCUUAUGUAUCUUUCCAUUUCUCUAUGUGUUUUAUAUCUUUGGUCUUUUUCUCUUCUGUUAUUAUAAUUGCAUACCGCUAAGAUGCACGGGGCCCAUGUCCGCUUCGGACUGUACGAUGACCAAGAAUGCGUCGAUGGAGUUAUGUCUAGCUUAAUAGAAUAAUAGCGACCGGUCUAGCUUAUAUGUAUUAGUGACCC